CCCAAAGGUGCAGCAAAAGUUGGAAUGAAUCCGCGGUCGGUUGACGGACGGUGUCAACAACCAGGAUCGUCUCUGGCGCAGUUGCUUCAAGCUGCGUAGUUCCCUCUUCCAAGAGCGGGACGUGAACAAGAAGCUGUUCAACUACGAGAUCAGCACCGAUGGCAUUGGAUGCACCAUCGGCCUCGUCAAGUUUGUGCCCCGAACCAGGCGGACCAAGCCCACCACAUCCGUCAAGACUGCCGAGCAGCGUAUCCAGGCCCACAUCGGCGACCCAGACCCCGAUCGCACCACUUGGAUUGGCAUCGAUCCUGGAGUCGGCUCAAUCUUCACGGCGGUCAUCCAAGCACCGGGCCACCAAGACGAGGUGGUCUCAUUCUCGAAUGGUCACUACCAGCACAUGUGUGGCCAACGUCCGAUACUGAGUGGCACAAUGCCAAGAUGAAGCAACUCGACAUCGAGACCUGGAUGUCGACCACCCCCUCGCCCAAGGUGUCGUCCUCGGAGGCCUUCAAGGUCCAUCUCACCCAUGUCCUGCGACCGGAGCUGCGAGUGCAGCUCGACUUCCACCUUGGCAAGAAGGCCCGUCACCAUCGCUUCACGGGCCACAAGAGGCGCCAAGUGGCCGUUGACAGGAUGUGCAAGGCCGUCCUGAAGCACGCCCCGAUACGGACCGAUGUGGUGAUCGCCUUUGGCAAUGCGUCAUGGCGUCAAGGCAAGGGCUAUGCAUCCAGCCCUCGGAGGCAGCGGUUUGCUCGGUACUUUGAGCAGCGCAGGUCGAUUGUGGAGACCGGAGAGCGACCGGUGGUGUUCACUCGGAGGCGGCCAAAGUGAUCUGUUCUAUUUCUUAUGGCACAGCUAGACGCAUGCCAUCACAUACAACGCUAUCAAUUUCGGGUUUCCCGUUGUCAGGGGCCGAUAUCAAAAUUGAUAGUUAUGCCCAUCACAGCAAACACCGUCGUCGUCGUUCGCCUGCGUGCUGGGUGGGAAUGCGGAAAGCCGUGGUUUGCGAGAUCCUCUGCUCUUCGCUGUCGCCCC